CUCCUCUCUGAUUAGUUAGCAUUCCACGUUGAAUGAGGGAAGAACAGGCAGGCAAUUAGAGAAAGAAAUACACAAAGUCCCCUCCAUUUCAAUCCAAUUUCUAAUUAAAAAUAAACGUACACAAAUAAAAGAAAAAAAACGUACAAAAUAUGACUGCAUCAACGCUUGAGAUUGACGAAUUGUAUAACUUUAUUUAUCCACUGGCUGUGGAGGCUGGCCAAAUACUGCUCGAGGGAUACGAAAAAGCUGGCAAAAAUGUUUCUAUAAAAGGUGCUUUCUACGAUGUAGUCACCGAUUAUGAUAAUAAGAUUGAGGACUUUCUUAUGGCUAAGAUAUUAGAGAAAUAUCCCCAGCACAAGUUUAUUGGCGAAGAGGAGACGGCUAAGAAUAAUAAUAUUUCAAAGGAGCUAACAGAUGCUCCAACUUGGAUCAUUGAUCCAAUAGAUGGCACAUCGAAUUUCAUUAAGCAAAUACCACACGUUUGUGUGUCCAUUGGUCUGGCCAUUAAUAAGGAAAUUGUUGUGGGCAUAGUUAACAAUCCCGUACAGAAGAAGCUCUAUACGGCCAAAUUAAAUCAAGGAGCCUUUUGCAAUGGCGAAGCCAUUCAUGUCAGCAAUUGCGAGCGGAUCGGUGAUGCAAAUGUGGCCUACGAAGUUUCACUGCUCCAUGUUCAUGCACAGGCGAAUAAACAUAUCAAAAGAAUUUAUCAUGUGGGUUUAAGAGCCAGACGUCUACUAGCCUACUCUUGUGUGGUGGAUGAACUUUGCCUAGUGGCCGCUGGUAAUUUAGAUGCAUUUUAUAUCGAGGACAUGUAUCCUUGGGAUUGCGCUGCUGGCUCUUUGCUUGUCAAAGAGGCUGGCGGUGUUGUUACCAAUCCUUUGGGUAAACCUUUUGAUGUCAUGAAACCGGAUCUGAUUUGUGCUGGCACCGAAAAAUUGCGACUGGAGAUUGAAAAUCUACUUCGACGUGGUGACCAGGAGCAGUCGGUGGGGGGCGAGGAUGUUCAAAGUAAAUUAAUAUAAGCUUGACCGCCAAACUGCAUCCAAGUCAAAUCGGCAAUAGAAAAAAUUUUAGAAACCCAACGGUUUUGCAAUCGCUUAUCUACUAGGUAAAUUUCAGCAAUAUAUAUAGUUGCUUUUUUUGUUUAUUUAUACAAGCCUCAAAUUAAUUAAUUAGUCUUUAGAUUAUGGCAGAUCGAGACAGGGAUAGAGAGAGAGAGGGAUUGGAAUAAUAAACAAAUUUAGCUACAUGGACA